ACACAAACGAUCGGAUGUGGAGUAAUGUCUGGAACGACAGUCUGUCAAAGGAAUGGCAAUUCAACACAACUGUAGCUCUAAUUGAAUGGAUCGAUGACUUGGAAAGGGAUCGCAUGCCUAGUCUUAUCCUCAAUUCGCUCAUCACUAACACAACACUGCAUUCAAAGGACUGGCGUCUGAAGAAUGUGACAUCAGCUGAAUUGGUGGAACUGAUGCAAUGGAGUGAUCUCUUGCUAUUUGAUUACCUAACGGGCAAUUAUGAUCGGGUGGCCAGUAUGCAAGACGCGGCCCUCAAACAAAAUAACACCACUAUUUUGAAGGAAACAAUCCAUAACUUAGUGAAGUCGACUAAAACCAACUCCAUUUGGAUGAUCGACAACGAGAGCGGUUUUCUCGACGCCUAUUGGCUUAUGUAUAGCCAGAAGAAUGGAAACGAAUCCAAAUUCUUCCAGGAUUUCCACGAUUCUGUGCUCAACACGAACUGCAUAUUCAGACGAUCCACUGUUGAACACUUACGGCUAUUGCGAUCGCAUCCCAAUCCCAACAAACUUCUCAUCGAUUUCAUCGUCCAAUACGAGCCCACAUUUAAGAGGCAAUUAUCGUUAAUAAAAACCGAUUAUUUGCGUUAUUUUACCCAAUAUUUUCGGCAACGAAUCGAUCGGGUGUUCAAUCACUUCGACAACUGUAAAGUCAUUACUUCAGUAACGCAUUAAUUCAGUAAUUCAUUCAUCGAUACAUGUUUUGUAUACAACAAAC